GUCCAUGUGUUCUAAACUGCUAAAUAUAUUUGCUCCAAUCUUCAAUUAUAAAUAAAUAAAAUAUUUAUGUAUUGUUAAUUUUAUUAUUUUAUCUUUUUUAAAUUAUAAAAUAUUAAACAAUGAAAUUUACAACUGAUGCUGUAACAAAAUGUGCAGCUCGUUUAGGUACAUUAUCUGAAUUCUCAAAAUUUCCAGAUAUUAUUUUUGAGACUCCACUUGUUUUACUUUAUACAAAACGUGGAACUGUACCACAUUUGACAAAAGAUGUAUUAAAAAUGUUGACAAAUGAACAACAAUUAUUGUCAGUAUCAUUGCCAUCAGUUGUAACAAUGACUGAUUCAAUAAGUCAAUCAAAAUUAUCAUUUACUGAAUUUGUUAGUAUGAAAGAAUAUCCAACAUUAUUAACAAUACAAGAUCCAGCUGAAGAAAAUAGUCCAACAAAAAGAAAAAACGAUUCAAUUGCAGUUUGGACAAAACAUGGUUAUCAUUAUUUAGAUUCUAAAAAAUACAUGGAUACUGUUGAAAUUUUAAAACCUGAUAUUUACAUGGCACUGUGUGAUGGUGAUGUUAAUAAAGAUAGUACAAAAAAACGUUUAUCAAAAAGUAUGGAAAAUAGUAAAAGUCAAUUAAAACGUUGCUAUCAAAGACACGAGUCAUCUGAAAUUUUAAAAAAUAAUUUUCUAUUGGGACCAGUUGAAGGAGGUUUCGAUUUACAUGCACGUGAAGAAUCUGUUAAAUUACUACUAGAAAUGAAUUUAUCAGGAUAUGUUAUUGAUGGUAUACAUCAAAAUGGACCAAAUAUUCAAGACUUGGUAUUUACUGAUAUUGAAAAAGUUGUUCAACACACAAUUAAUUUAUUACCAGCAGAAAAAUUAAAGGUAUCAAUGGGCUGUUGGAAUCCUCUUGUUGUUUUGGAAUUAAUUGAAUCAGGAAUUGAUAUAUUUGAUUCAUCAUAUCCAUAUGUUCUUACUGAAGCAUCGAAAGCUCUUACACUUAUUCGUAAUAAUGAUGAGCAAGAGUGUUUAACAUGCAAAAAUCAUACUAAAGCUUAUAUCAAUCAUUUACAUAACACAAAAGAAAUGCUGUGUUAUAUAUUAUUAAUGAUACACAAUACACAUCAGUAUCUAGAAUUUUUUAAAGCCAUUAGAAAACAUAUAAAAUCUGGAACUUUUAGUGAUUUUAAAAAACAAAUAUCAGCUUUAUUUUUAUAAUAAAAAAUGAGUACAUUUAAAUAAAAAUAAUUUCAU